ACCAGAGAAAGCAGCGCGCUGGUCAACGUUGCUGGGCAAAGCUGCUCUUAGACAAAAGAUGCAUUUAGUUCCGCUGAUCAAAACAUCGUGAUUCCUCAGUUCCAGCUCUUUCAUCUCUCAUUUGAUCUCCUGAUCCUCCGUCCACACGUGCUGGUUCCACCUGCCAUGGCGCUCCACAGCGCUUCAGACCGCUUUCCUCCCAGCGAUGCUCCAGCUGAGCGCUUGUGCCGAAGGAGCGAGAGUUCUGACGAUGAUGACAGGAGGCUGAAGAGAAGAGAAAAGAACCGAGUGGCCGCACAAAGGAGCCGCAAAAGACAGACCCAGAGAGCCGAUGAGCUACACGAGGCGUAUGAGUGCUUGGAGCAGCAGAACAGCUUGCUGAAGAAGGAGGUUCAGCUGCUGCUUGAGGAACAGAAACGUCUGGCGGAGGCCCUCCAGUCCCAUGAGCCUCUGUGCCCUAUUCUAAACAGUGGCUUGCUCUCAGCACCAAGGACCAUUGAUGUAAUCUCUCCUUGAAUUUAUUGUGAGACAAGAUCAUUUACCAUCUUCAGUGUCUUCAUAAUGUUUAGUAUUGUUAAGUGCACAUGUUUAUGUACUAAUGACCAGUUGCCUUUGUAAAUGUUUUGCUGCUUGAAAAUGCCGUUUGAAAUGUAUCUGGAUUGUGUCUAGAUGUUUUCACUUUUAGACAGUGGUGGAUGAAGCAAAAACCAGGUACUUGAGUUAAAGUAGAGACACCCAAGGUAAAAUAUUACUCCAGUAAAAGUAGAAAUUCCUCCCUUUAGA